CUUGGGUCUGGGCGGUUCAUGGAGCCUCCUGGCCCCUAAGAGCUAGGUUCCUUCUUUCCUGUGCCUCUGCCAUGUGCUGGGCACCGUUCUGGAGAUUCUGGAUGGUUCUGCCUGUGGGUAAAGCAGCCCCAAGCCCCUGCUCUCCUGGAGUUCACUGUUGGAACAGGAGGAGGGCAACAUUCCAUAGAUGAAAGAACCUCACUGAGAACCCGGGUCACGGAGCUGAGGGACGCAGACCCCAGGCGAAUGCAGGUGCCUCCGGGGAACCCGCUGCUGCUCUCCUACACCCUGCAGGAGCUGCUGGCCAGGGACACUGUGCAGGUGGAGCUGAUUCCGGAGAAGAAGGGCCUCUUCCUGAAGCACGUGGAGUAUGAGGUCUCCAGCCAGCGCUUCAAGUCCUCCGUGUACAGGCGCUACAACGACUUCGUGGUCUUCCACGGGCUGCUGCUGCAGAAGUUCCCGUACCGCAUGGUGCCGGCCCUGCCCCCCAAGCGGGUGCUGGGAGCCAACAGGGAGUUCAUCGAGGCGCGGCGGCGGGCGCUAAGGCGCUUCAUCAACCUGGUGGCGCGGCACCCCCCGCUCUCCGAGGACGGGCUCCUGGGACUCUUCCUCUCCUUCGGCGGAUCGGACGUGCAGAACAAGUUAAAGGAAUCCGCCCAUGGUGUUGGGGAUGAAUUCGUGAAUUACAAGCUGGCCACUCGAGCCAAGGACUUUCUCCCAGCUGACAUCCAGGCGCAGUUCGCUGCCAGCCGGGAGCUGAUCCGCAACAUCUACAACAGCUUUUACAAGCUGCGGGACCGGGCUGAGCGGGUGGCUUCCAGGGCCAUCGACAACGCUGCUGACCUCCUCAUAUUUGGAAAAGAGCUGAGUGCCCUAGGAUCAGACACGACCCCACUCCCUUCCUGGGCCACUCUGAACAGCAGCACGUGGGGGUCCCUCAAACAGGCUCUGAAAGGCCUGUCGGUCGAGUUUGCGUUGCUUGCAGACAAGGCCGCACGACAGGGCAAGCAGGAGGAGGAUGACGUGGUGGAGAAAUUGAACCUCUUCUUGGAUCUGCUGCAGUCCUACAAAGUAAGCCGUGACUGCCCCUUGCUGGGGGACGGAGCUUUUGAGAAUGACUUCGGGAUCUUUAGGGCUCUAACUCUGGACCUGUGCGAGCGGCACGAGAAGGGCGUGCUGCACAAGCACCAGCGGGCCCUGCACAAGUACGGCCUGAUGAAGGGGCAGAUGAUGAGUGCCGUGCAGAGCCGCGAGCCUGAGGCCGUGGAGCAGCUGGAGUCGCGCAUCCUGGAGCAGGAGACUGCCAUCCAGACAAUGGAGCUGCGCAACUACUUCUCCCUGUACUGCCUGCACCAGGAGACGCAGCUCGUCCACGUCUACCUGCCGCUCACCUCCCACAUCCUUGGCGCCUUCGUCAACUCCCAGAUCCAGGGGCACAAGGAGAUGAGCCAGGUCUGGAACGAUCUGAAGCCCAAGUUAAACUGCCUGUUUGCUGGACCCCCCAACGCCCUGACUCCGCCAAGGUCUCCGCAGGAGGACAGCGCGUUUCCUCACUAGUGCUGGGGAGGCCAGCGUUCCCUGUGGCCUCACUAAAACCUACUUCCAAAUGCUGUGUCCCUCUUUAAUUCCCUUGGACGGCUGUACCCCGGCCCCCGAGCAGGGGCACUCGUGCCCUGGGGGGCCGGGCUCUGGGUGAUCGCUGGUCCUCUUGCCCCUCGAUGGGGGCGUGGCUGAGGACACCACCCCCCAAGGCAUUCUGAGCGGUGGAGACCCGACUGCUGCCCAUGCCCCCUUCUGUUGCCCCUGCCCAUGCUCUGGUGUGUUCUGGUGCUGAGAAGCGAGUUCUCUGAUGUUGAGGCAGGGGAGACGGGUCAGGUCUGGGGGAGUCUGAAGGGAGAGCCUUAGGUGUGUCUGAGCACAUGGAAGAUACUGCCCCAUGGGGUAUGCGUGUGUGCACGUGUGUGUGUGCGACGGCCCCACAUGGGGCAGGUGCAGUUGGACGCGGAGGUGGUGCUGAUGGGGACAUGCUCCCAGGCUGGGGCUGUCACACUAUCCUUGUGCGGCUGCCAGUGUGGAAGGCCGUGUGUGUGCUGGCGGGUGCACCGCCCUGGGCUGGGGGGUCCCUGAGUCCCUCGCUGUGCACACACAUGCACAUGCUGGGGACCCUAUGGCCUAGCUCUGAGGCCGAGGGAGGGUGCAGGAGGGGUCAGCUGGGCUCGAGUGUGUGGUCUGUGUGGGAAGGAACCUGUUUCUCUGAAGAUACCCUUUUGGGCCUGUACCAUCCCUCCUGGCCUCCCUUUUCGUGCUCACUGAUUGCUGUCUUUUCACCGAGGCGGACCAGAGCCUUCAGGGCUACUUCCCUCUGGUGAGGAGAGGGUUGUUCUCUGGCAGCCCCACGGGGGUAUUUCCAGUUGAGGCCUGAAUGUGUUCCUUUCUCAGUCACCACUGUGGUGACACGUGGGGCUUUUCCAGUGGUUCGGAGCUAGACGGGAUGCUGUCUGGUCCCCUUGGGCUUUCUUUGAGCUCACGGUGCUCAGUGGCCGAGGAGAGAUGUUAAGAGUUUCUAACUGGACUGCAGGAUUCUGAGAUUACUGCCUUCCGGGGAUGCUUGCCCAACUUCAAGGGUUUUUUCCUCCCUUGAUCUGCAGGAUUCUCUCUCUGCUUGCAUGUCCAAUUGCGGCGUGCAGAAUCCUGAGGUUGAGAUGGAAGGCUCUAGGCUAGCCCAGCACUCAUGCCAGCACACCCGACUCCCCAUUGGUGGAUGACGGGGGACCGCUGACACUGCGCUGGCUCAAAUCCCCAAGUGAGCGUCCUCACCACAGCCAGGUGGCUGCGUUGGGCCAUUCGGAGAAGAUGGGUGCCAAGAGCUGACCGGGAUCCACCUGUGCCCAGCAAGGCAGUGAGAGGGUGGGUGGGGUGCAGGGGAAGCCCCCUCGGCCGUGGCUGCCGUGGGUCUUCCUGCCUACCGGGAAGCUGUUAGGAGAGCUAAUGGCUGGCUUUUCUGAGCUGUGGGGCUGCUACUUUUGGAUCCACCUCUCUAGAGAGAAGUCCGGAACCAGUGUGCGUGGGCCUGGGCAGUGCCAGCCUUCUCUGCACUGAUGUGCUCAGUACAGAGUGCAGCAGCCACCUCAGCAGCAGGCUACAUGGCCUCUCCCAUGCUGUCCCUGUGGCGGUUGUGAGACGUGGCAGCCCUGGGGCUGCAGGGCCACCCACCUGCGCAGAGGCUGCCACGGUGUUGGGGCCACAGGUGGCCACAGCCUUGUUGAGGUCCCGGCAGGCCCGUUCCGGGCGGGGGCAGGCAGCGAGCCUGGCUGGGCCUACACAGCCUUCUGCCAGGGCAUGGGGAGAGCAGGGAACCCCAGGCAGUCCCAGGCUGCCAGGGGGAGCCUCUCCCAGGGCGCCAGUCACUAAGGAGAACCCACACACCAAAGACUUCAAGACAAGCCUUUUCUGAAAAGAACUUGACUGAUGGAGACUCAAGCGCGGGGCGGCAGCUCCCUGCAGUGGAAACAGGUUUCUUGGCUCUGGCCCUUUUCCCGAGGAGCUCAUCUGGCAGCGGUGCAGCCUGCUCCUGAGAGGCAGGCGGAGGGAAGCCUGUGGGGGUGUGUGGGGGGCUCUCUGCCAUCAUCCCCUCCCCAACCUGAGGCUCCUGGUGAGAGCAGUGGAAGACUUCUGAGGAGGGGGUGGGCCACCACCUUCCACUCGGGGGUCUUUCUCUGUCCUGAAGCUGGGCUGGCAGUACACAGCCAGGCCUGGGGUGGGAUGGGGCAGGGCAGGCCGUUCCUGUCCCCCCUAAAGCCUGCCCUGGUGCCCUCAGCCCUGGUGGGAGGUGUCUCUUCUUGCUUGGGGUCACCGGCCCACACCCCACAGUGUUUCCUGGUCCAGCUUACACGGUGCCAUGUAGCAAGGUGUGAGGGGCAGUGGAGGGAGGAAUGUGGUUUAGGGGUACAGGGUGGGCCAAGAGGGACUGACCUAAGUCAGGAUUCUUUGCAUCGGAGGCUUUUUCUCUUGCUUUGCUGAGUCAAUUAGUUCUAUGGCCGAAGCACUUUAUUAGACUGCGAGAAUCGAUUACUACGCUGCCCGGCAAACUGGACUUGUUUACAAAUGACCUACGUUGCGAGAUUUUUACCAGCAAACCUAUAUGAACAAUUAUUAAAUAUAUUUAUAGAAA